GACCGAUGGAAUUUUCUCGACGUUACUCAGAGCCGGGAUUGCCAUGAGCGAUUUAAAUAAACGUUGGUACAUAUUCGACGGACCCGUGGAUGCUGUAUGGAUCGAGAACAUGAAUACAGUGUUGGACGACAAUAAGAAGCUUUGUCUGACAUCUGGUGAGAUAAUGAAGAUCCUGCCAACAAUGACGAUGAUGUCCGAAGUCGCUGAUCUCAGAGUCGCUUCUCCAGCUACUGUUUCAAGAUGCGGUAUGGUGUACUUAGAACCAGAAGCUUUAGGUCUCGAACCUCUCAUUAAUUGCUGGAUCAGGCGAUUACCCAAAAACAUGAGCGAUUACAUCGAGGAAAUUUCCGAAUUAACGAACCAAUUUUUAUUCCCGGGGUUGAAGAUUCUGCGUAACAAUUUGCGAGAAAUUGUGAACACGGUCGAUUCUGGAAUGGUGCAAUCUUACAUAAACUUGAUGAACUUUCGAAUUGGGCCCAUGGCUGGUCGAGACGGGAAGCCUCCACCAACCAAUCUGCUGUCACCCUGGGCAGCUUUCGCCACGAUAUGGAGCUUGGGGGCAAGUUGCGACUACAACAGCCGGUGUAUAUUCAGCGAAUGGAUCAGGAACGUGCAGAAAGCCAAUCGGCAUGAAUUACCAUUCCCUGAAGACGGUUUGGUAUUCGAUUAUAGAAAAAUAUUUGGUUUGUUGUUUCACUAUCCUGUCAUAGAUAUAGAGGUACCAACGAUGGAUAGCGUAAGGAGCGCAACCAUAAUCGGGUAUUUAUUGAUCAACGAAUCUAAUCCACUCUGUGUCGGGCCAACCGGAAGUGGGAAGACUUUAACCAUUACCGCGAAACUUUCAAGAAACAUGCCGAAGAAAUUUAUCUGCGAUUUCAUUACCUUCUCUGCUAGAACUACCGCGAAUCAGACUCAGGAUUUAAUCGAUGAAAAGCUGAUUAAAAGAAAGAAAGACGUAUAUGGACCACCAUUACUUCGGAAACAAAUAUUUUUUGUCGACGAUUUAAACAUGCCUGCUCUCGAAACUUAUGGUGCUCAGCCUCCCAUUGAGUUACUUCGGCAGUUCAUGGAUUUUAGAGGAUGGUACGACCGGAAGGAGAUCGGCUCAUUCAGGCAGAUAGAGGACGUAAAUUUUGUUGGUGCGAUGGGACCACCUGGUGGCGGUAGAAAUCCAAUAACUGCCAGACUGUUGCGACAUUUCCAUUUCAUUGCGUUCCCGGAAAUGGAAGACGACGCUAAGAAACACAUCUUCGGGACGAUUCUGAAUUCCUGGCUCUCCGUGACGCCGCACUUUGGACACAUGCUGGAUGUUUUCGUGAACACGACGUUAAAUAUAUUCACCACUAUAUGCCAGGAGCUACUACCAACCCCUCACAAAUCUCACUAUACCUUCAAUCUACGAGACCUCAGCAAGGUGUUUCAAGGAAUGCUCAUGAUGAAUCCUGCCAAAAUAGAGCUUCGAGACAAGCUGUUGCUACUUUGGUACCACGAGAAUCUACGAGUAUUCAGCGACCGUCUGGUAAACGACGAGGAUCGGAAAUGGUUCGACGAUCUCCUGCGAGAUACCAUGAGCAAAGAAUUCGAAUGCGACCCCGGCAAAGUUAUCGGCGAUGAGAUGUUAUUCUUCGGCGAUUUCAUGGGGACGAGCAGAGAAUACGAGCAGAUAACUGAUACGAAGAAAAUGGAAAACGUGGUAGACGAAUUCCUGGAAGACUACAAUGCCUCGACGACGAGUCCCAUGAAACUGGUGCUGUUCCAGGACGCCAUAGAUCAUAUCUGCAGGAUUAAUCGAAUACUGCGACAGCCUCGAGGGAAUGCUCUGCUCCUGGGAAUGGGAGGAUCAGGACGACAGAGUUUAACCAGAUUAGCCGCGCAUAUGCAGGAUUACACUUGCUUUCAAAUAGAGCUUAGCAGUGCUUAUACAUCCAGUGACUGGCGCGAUGACAUUAAAGCAUCGAUGAUGAAGGCUGGUGUACAGGGUCAAUCUGUGGUCUUUUUAUUUUCUGACACCCAGAUAAAGGACGACUCCAUGCUGGAGGACUUGAACAGUGUCCUGAACAACGGCGACGUGCCAAAUAUUUACAAGGUGGACGAAAUGGAGAGAAUUUUCCACUCGAUGCGUGGGCAUGUGCAGGAAGCUGGCCUACAAAUCAACAGAAGCAACCUUUUCUCCGCCUACGUGAAGACAGUUCGUAAUAACUUACACGUCGUCGUUACUAUGAGCCCGAUCGGUGAGACAUUUCGCGCUCGUAUUAGACAGUUUCCAGCUCUGGUGAACUGCUGCACGAUUGAUUGGUUUUGUCCCUGGCCGGAUGCUGCUCUUCAGAGCGUUGCGAUGAGAUUCCUCACUGAUAUACAGGAUGAGUCCAUUACUGAAAACGUGUUGAUGUCGAUUGUAAGAAUGUGCCAACAUAUGCAUUCCAGUGUGAUCGAUGCAAGUGCUCUUUAUUUGAAGGAAUUGAGUCGCCAUAAUUAUGUUACGCCCACGUCGUACCUCGAACUAUUAUCUGGUUACGGUGAUCUCCUGAAUAAGAAGAAAAUGGAAUUACAGUCGGCAGCAAAUCGGCUUUCCACAGGUUUGGAUAAACUCGCGAGCGCAGAAGUGGAGGUGAAGAAUAUGCAACAACUACUGAGAGAUAUGAAGCCUAAGUUGGAACAAGCAGCGGAGGCGACAGCUAGGAUGAUUGAAAGGAUUACACGCGACACCAUCGAAGCGGAGAAAACCAAAGCAGAGGCAGAAGAGCAAGAAGCAAUAGCCGCGAAAAUGAAAGUGGAAAAUCAAGCGAUAAGAGACGAAGCGGAGGCAGAUUUGAGUGAAGCGCGUCCGAUGUUAAUCGCAGCCGAGAAGAGCUUGAAGUCGCUAAAUAGAAACGAUAUCACCGAAGUGAAAGCGAUGAAAAGGCCUCCACUUGGCGUGCUUUUGGUUAUCGAAGCCAUUUGUAUCAUAAACAACGUGAAACCGGUUAAGGCGGACCCUGGGAAAUUCGGUGCGGAAACGAAAUUAGAUUAUUGGACUCCAGGUAGUUUGAUGCUCGCUGAUCCAGGUCAUUUCUUGUACACCAUGGAGAAUUAUGACAAAGAGAACCUUACCGAAGAAAUGAUUAAUAAGCUGAAAGUCUACAUCGAAAAUCCGAAUUUUCAGCCAUCGAAGAUCGAGUACGUGUCAAAGGCGUGUUACUCGUUGUGUCUGUGGGUGCACGCGAUGUACAACUACUACUUCGUGAGUGAGAAAGUAAAACCGAAGAUGGAGGCACUGGCCAAAGCAGUGGAGGCUCUAGUCGAGACGGAGAAGGCCUUGACUGCGGCGAUACAAAGGCUGAAAGAUGUGGAAGAGGGUGUCGAGCAGCUGCGAAAUCUCCUGCGAGAGGAAGAGGAGAGGAAAGCGGAACUCGAGAGGGAAAAGCAGCUUUGCGAGGAUAGGAUGGGCAGAGCUGUCAGACUGAUCGACGGUCUAGCCGGCGAGCAGAUACGUUGGACCUCGACGGUAGCCGAACUACGUACGUCCCUGAAGAACGCUGUUGGUGAUAUCCUGCUCUCUUCCGGAGCAAUAGCCUAUUUGACGCCAUUUACGGACACGUAUCGAGAGACCCUUUUAACAUCCUGGCAAAAAAUUUUGGGCGAAGGAGUGCCACACACGUCAGGCAGUAGCCCUGUGUCGACUCUCGGGGAUGAAGUGGAGAUAAGAAAAUGGCAAAUAGGAGGGUUGCCCAGGGAUAUGUUAUCCGUUGAAAACGCCGUCUUGGCGAUGCACUCGAAACGUUGGCCGCUUUUCAUCGACCCUCAAGCACAGGCAAACAAGUGGAUACGCUCUUUAUACAAGGACAAUGGCAUAUCCAUUGCCAAGAUGACAGACAGAGAGCUGCUUCGCGUGCUCGAAUCCUGCGUACGAUUCGGCAGAGCCUGUCUCAUAAAAUUAACUGAUCACGCACAUGUUUGUGCAAACAUUGGUGUUGCAUUACUGCAGAUUGAUGCUGGUAACAGCAAAGAAUCACCCCCUCCUCGGUUCUACUACCGUUGCAUUCUAAUACCGUCUGUAUUGUCAGAAAGUGUCCCUUAUUGCACAGCUAAGAUGCUCAGUACCUCAAAUUGUGGCCUCGAAGACCAGAUGCUAUCCUUGGUCACUAUCCAAGAACGACCGGAUCUCGAGCAAGCGAGGAACGCUCUAAUAGUGUCGAAUGCAGAAAUGAGAAAAGAACUACAGGAAAUAGAGGAUAGAAUCCUACAUCGACUUUCCGUGUCAGAGGGCUCUGCCGUCGAUGACAUGGACCUCAUUUUCACCUUGGAAGCGUCCAAAGUUAAAAGCGAAGAAAUCAAGGUGAAAAUGCAGGAAGCCGAGAUCACCCAAGUAGACAUCGACAUGACCAGGUCGCUGUACAUCCCCGUCGCUGUGCGUGGUCAAAUACUCUUCUUCUGCCUCUCCGACCUGCAGUACAUAGACACCAUGUAUCAGUACUCGCUCGAGUGGUUCGUCGAAAUUUUCAACAAUAGUAUACUUGCGACGGAAAAGAGCGGAGUUACCAACAUUCAAGUACGAGUGGAAAAUAUCAAUCAGAGAUUCAUGUUCUCGCUAUUCUCAAACGUGUGCCGCAGUUUGUUCGAGAAGCACAAACUGCAUUUCGCGUUCCUGGUCUGUGCCAGGAUUCGUAUGAACGAGAAAUUAAUCGACGCGACCGAGUGGAGACACCUCUUGUUGGGACCCGAGCCAACGCAAGAGAUUUCAAAUCCCGCGCCAAAAUGGAUCACGCCGCGUUGCUGGAGGGAGAUACAGGCGCUUGAGAACCUGCCCAAGUUCGAGAAGUUUGUCGAGUUCUUCACACAGUCGGUGACCCAAUUUAAAAGCGUGUUCGACGCUCAAGAGGCGCAUCUUGCACCAUAUCCAGAACCAUGGGAGUCGAAACUGGACGACUUUCAGAAAAUGUUGGUACUAAAGUGUCUUCGGCCUGACAAAGUGACCAAUGCUAUGCAAUUGUACCUGGCUAAGUACCUAGGCCAGGAAUUCGUCGAACCCCAAACCACUGAGCUGUCUGCCAUUUACAACGAAUCUUCGCCGACUACGCCAAUUGUUUUCAUUCUGUCCACUGGUACAGACCCUGCGGCAGAACUGUACAAAUUCGCGGAUAAAUUAAAGAUGAGUACGAAAUUGCACGCCAUAUCCCUUGGACAGGGACAGGGGCCUAGAGCAGAAGCAUUGUUGAAGUUGUCGUCUGAGCAGGGUUGCUGGUGUUUCUUCCAGAAUUGUCAUUUAGCUCCGAGCUGGAUGCCAGAAUUGGAAUCAUUGGUGGAGGCAUUGUCGCGGGCAAAUAAUCAUCGAGAUUUCCGUUUAUGGCUCACCUCCGCACCCUCGGCAGAUUUUCCCGUCAGCAUUCUUCAGAACAGCAGUAAGAUGACAAUCGAACCACCUCGAGGGAUAAAAGCAAAUAUGUUCCGUGCUUACUUGACGCAAGUAACAGAGAUGCAAAGCUUUCUGGUCUCUGGAGACCCCAAAGUUCAACUGUUUAAAUGGCUGGUAUUCUCCUUGUGCUUAUUUCACUCGGUGCUAUUGGAACGAAGGAAAUUUGGUUCCCUGGGAUUCAAUAUUCCCUACGAAUUCACCGAUGGUGAUUUGAGAAUAUGUAUAUCACAGCUGCACAUGUUCCUUUUGGAAUACGAUACCGUUCCCUUUAAGGUGCUGAUAUAUACAGCUGGUCAUAUUAAUUAUGGGGGCAGAAUAACAGAUGAUUGGGAUCGACGAUGCGUGCUGACAAUCUUGCAAGAUUUUUACAGACCGGAAAUUCUGUCGUCGUCCUAUAAAUUCGAUGAAGAAGGACAUUAUCGACAACUGCCUGAUGCUACUACGUUCAAUGAUUACAUCGAUUAUAUAAAAACGUUCCCUUUGAACGAUGAACCGUCGAUGUUUGGAAUGCACCCAAAUGCGGAUAUUAGCUUCGCGCAAGCAGAGACUUACGCCUGCCUCAACACAUUGCUGGCUCUUCAACCACGGCAAAUAGGAAUCGCAGCUGCUAGUGUCGAAGAAAUCACGACUCACAUAGCCCAGGAUAUGCUAUCAACGAUGCCUCCGAUCUUUGAUUUGUCUAUUAUGCAGCAAAAAUACCCGGUCCUGUAUGAAGAGUCUUUUAACACCGUACUAGUUCAAGAAGCUAUACGCUAUAAUGGGCUGUUGAACGUGGUGAAGACGACGCUAGUAGAUCUGUUGAAGGCAUUGAAGGGAUUGGUCGUGAUGUCGGAAUAUUUGGAAACUGUGUCGAACUGUUUGUACAACAACAGAAUUCCGACAGUUUGGCAAGACAAGGGUUAUCCUUCCUUAAAACCUCUUGGUGCUUGGUUCGUGGACUUGAAAGAGCGAAUCGCAUUUCUAAAAUCUUGGGAAGAUAAUGGAAUACCAGCAGCGUUUUGGAUAUCCGGCUUUUAUUUCCCCCAAGCAUUUCUAACAGGCACUUUGCAAAAUUUUGCGCGAAAAUACGUUGUUUCCAUCGAUACGAUAGAUUUCAGUUUUAAGGUAUUAGGUUUAAUGCCAAAAAAUAGGCCGCCAGACGGUUGCGUCAUAUAUGGUCUGUUUCUUGAAGGAUGUCGAUGGGAUGGCGAUUAUUUAAAUGAGUCCUUACCUAAAGAAUUAUAUACUAACAUGCCUCCCAUUCUACUAUUACCGGAAGUAGAUCACAAACAGCUUGAAGGAACCUACACUUGCCCCGUGUAUAAAACUAUCAAUCGAGCAGGAACGCUGAGUACGACCGGGCACUCGACAAAUUUCGUGUUACCAAUGGAGAUCCCUAGUCAAAAACCACAAUCUCAUUGGAUAAAAAGGGGCGUAGCUUUGAUUUGUGCAUUGGAUUAUUAA